GGCGGGCAUGAAUCUGCCCGAGCUGGUCGUCGAGGGCAUCGACUCUGCAUUCGAGGUUUUGCAGCUCCAAGGACAUCGGGAUCUUCUCGACUUCGAGCCGCCAGGAGGCAUUCCACAUCUGUCAGCCUCGGAUUGGGAACUUCUGCUCAGGGACUACUCGAGCGCAUGCAAGUCAAUGCUGACGCUUCUCAGAGUGAAGACUGCAUACCUCAAGCAACUGCCGAUCCUAUAUGCAGGGCUGGCUGUGGCAGACGAGGGCGUGGCCCGCGCACAUGCAUCUGAAGUGCUGGCGUCGUUCAUGAGGGAUCCUCGGAAGGAGUUGCACGAUCCACGCACGUGGGAGCUGCUGGAUCCAGAUUGCGAGAAUGCGGCUGAACUUCAGAAGUUCAUAGCGGGGACUUCGCGUCCGGAAUGUAGUUACUUAUUCCAAAUGAAUAUCGCUGUGUUUCGGUUCAUGCACUGCGUGGAGACGUCCAUUGAAGAGAAGCACGCCAGGGCCUCGAUGGCAAAACUCAAGCAUCAUAUCGGGCCGUGCCGCAUCAGUUUGUCAAAUAGGUUGCCAAUGUUGAUGAGAUGGUUGGCGCUUGGUCAGACGUCGGGGCAACAAGUUGUUGAUGCUUUCUCUUGCGUUCGGUCUUUGUCCAAGAUUCGCUCUGAGCUCCACAUCGAGUCGCACGAAAAGCUCAUUGGAAGCAGAAGCACGACGGAAUUGGCAGUGAAUUUGGUCGAUGUCAUAUAUCGCACCCAUUUGGCAGACAUGUUCAGAUCUACUGCAGCCGAGGCAAAACGUCACCAGAAGAGCAAGGGUAAGUCGAACCGUGACCAUGUCAAGAUCGCAGAGAAGGGUCAGCCCAAACUUGACAACCGAAUUGAUUUUGAACGUGCGAUGAAGCGAGCAAUGGAAUCUCAUGGUAGAUCAAUGUUGCACGCCAGUGACUUGUAUUCAUGCAGGCCUGUGAACUUGCCAAUCCAGGACCUCGAAGAUCUGCUCAUGCAGCCUCGCAGCAAACGUCAAAGGGUAGCAGAGAACUUGGAUUCGGACGACGGCGCAGAUCUUGCUAUGGAUGUCGACACUGGUCGAGAUGGUCUUGCACUCGCUGACAAGGUGUUCUUCGAAGUGAUCUGGAAGAACUUGGGUCGGAAGAAAACCGUGCCGGUUGCGAUGGCUGCUGGCUCCAAGCUGAACCAGUCUGAUAUGGCAGUGUCGCUGUUGUCGCCCUCCAUCCAAGCGGUGCGCGAGGACGAGUUCGCGUUGUCUUCCUCCUCGGCGGGCCAAGAACAAUUGCCUGCGUCAGUCAUCAAAUUUUUCACAGGGAGCUGCGAGCAACUCAAAGUGAAUUUCCUGAGGUGGAAGCGAUCCGUGGUUUGGUGCGUGCCUGCCCUGGAGGGCGGUCCUGGCGCCGAUGCCAUGGGCAUCUGCUCGCUCGCGACCGACAUGGUUGUUUGCGGCGCCUACCCGCGAGGAGCUGACGCCGAGGCUGCCUUGGGGGUCUACGAAGCGAAGCCGCAUCAGUACGCAAUCCUGGUGCGCCUCGAGGAGCUCGGGCUCGCGCAACAGAGGGGUCGCGACAAAUGGUAUUUGACAAAGCAGGGAUGGAAGUCGCUGGACACGCGCACUCGGGCCUACGAGCCCAAUGUAUUUUAUCAGAUUCGGGACGACGUGCCUAUAGAAGACCGUACGACUUAUGAACUGAUAGAGAUGUUGACUGACGACGGGUGGCAAUGGCGCCAGUGGAUCCCCCCAAAGAAGAGGACGCAGAAGACGCUGCCCAUCGUAGACGCUUACACGCCAGGCGCGGAGAAGGCGUGGUUCAGUUCUGGAGCCUGGCAGGCGGUACCUCGCUAG